CAUGUUUGUGUCUUUUAUUCAAAAUGUGCUGGUUGUCUAUCAAGGCUUCUAGAUACUUACUCCCUUUUUAGCAGCCCGAUUUAACCUGCUUCGAGCGCAGCAGCUGUUUGUGUUUCUUUGUUGCUCUCGCCUUCAGCAGACAGGACAGAAAGGCAGUCCAGUCAGGAAGGAAUAUGGCCGUGGUUCCUUCUCUAGACAGUGUUUGCAAACAGUGCCCCGUAGCUCAUGCUGAAAGGAGAAAGACACACGGUGUGCAGCGCCUCUAAAAGUGACAAACAAGCUGAGGCGGAUGUCAACCUUUUCUACCCACAACGAAACGUUCACUCCAAUCUAGCCACAAACACCACAAAAGUUUGCAUGAAAGAUAAUUCACCAGCACUCCUUUGCGCAUCAAUCUUUCAUUCACUAUCUACAAAAAGAAGCCGAUUUCUAUCGUCAACAUGACAUCGAUUGAGGGUCUCAACAUGAACGACGAGAUGGGAGACUGGGUCUUUGCCAUCUUUCCCGAGGUCGAGGAAGACUACGACGACGGCGACGACAACGCCUCCUGCUCGUCUGACAACAGCAGCAGCAGCUCGUCGACCUGCCCAAGCGACGCCGGCACGUCGAGCACCGACGACUCCCACAUGGACCACAACCCUCCCGAUGCACAGGCUGCCCCAGGCGUGCACCUGAUGGCGUCGCGUUUGGCUUGGGACCUUCUCGUGGCUGAGCACUAUUCCGCCCAAGCGCAGCUCAUGAACGAUCUCUUGUACAGCCUUGACAGAGAACGCGAUCUCUGGAUGAGCUUCCCAGUCGCCUCGCCCGGCCGGGUCGGUCCAAGAUUCGACAGGGACGAGAUGGUCCGCGAGUUGGAUGCCACCAUGCAGGCCGUCCGGGAGCUCAGAGACUGGCCUUCUAGGCUUGCAAGUUACCGCCCGGACAGCCUCCCGGCCGCCGAGGCUCCGGGCCAGCCCGAGACCUUUGCCGACACCGACACCCCGACUUCGUCGCACAACAGCGCCCAGAUCUAGUCGCCAGGGCGCCUCAGGCACAAGCGGCACAUCGGGGACUUUGCUUUCCCCAGGUCCCUCGCCGGUC